GUGAUCCAGACCUUCUCAGUGACUUCCUCCUCAGGUGGAAGUGUGCUCCGCGUCUGCAGCUGCUGUGUGCACAGAUCUGAUUUAGUUCGUGUCCUGAGCUGUCCGGUGAAAGUCUGCUGCAGUUUGUUUGUGUCCUCAUUCAUUCGCCUCAGGGAGGACCUGAUCUGUCCGCAGGGCGUGCUGCUGCAGCUGCAUGUUGAACUUUGCUAAUAACUAGUUGCCAACUUGUGUCCAAAGGUUCUCCAGCGUGUUGAAACACACUCAAUGGCUUCUCUGUGGCAAAGUGUCCUCUCUGUGCACCAGAGGAUAGUGGACAAUGGAGACAAGAGGACGGACCCGUGGCUGCUGGUCUACUCCCCCGUCCCGGUGGCAAUCAUCUUCCUGAUCUACCUCGGUGCGGUCUGGGCCGGCCCCCGUCUGAUGAGACACAGACAGCCGGUUGACCUCAAAGUCGUCCUCAUUGUUUACAACUUCGCCAUGGUCGCCCUGUCCGCCUACAUGUGCUACGAGUUCCUGGUCACGUCUUGGCUCUCAAACUACAGUUUACUCUGUCAGCCUGUAGAUUACAGCACCAGUCCGCUGGCCAUGAGGAUGGCCAGAGUCUGCUGGUGGUUUUUCUUCUCCAAGGUGAUAGAGCUCAGCGACACGUUCUUCUUCAUCCUGAGGAAGAAGGACAGCCAGGUGACUUUCCUUCAUGUUUACCACCACGCCACCAUGAUCUUCAACUGGUGGGCGGGAGUCAAGUAUGUGGCCGGCGGACAGUCUUUCUUCAUUGGCCUGGUCAACACCUUCGUCCAUAUCGUGAUGUACUCGUACUACGGCCUGGCCGCCAUCGGCCCUCACAUGCAGAAGUACCUGUGGUGGAAGAAAUACCUGACGUCCCUGCAGCUGGUGCAGUUCCUGCUGUUCCUCCUGCACACGGGCUACAACCUGUUCACAGAGUGCGACUUCCCCGACUCUAUGAACUUGGUGGUGUUCGGUUACUGCGUCACCCUCAUCGUCCUCUUCAGUAACUUCUAUUAUCAGAGCUACCUCAACAAGAAGAAGCAGAAGUGAGACGCCUGCAGUGCUCACCAGAGUCCACUAGAGGGAACAACAUGCCCACAAUCUGCAGGGUUUUCUUAUGAUCAGCUGCCAGUUAAACAGUCAAAGUUGAUCAGCACAAUUUGAGUCUUACAUUUUACAUUUUUGUAUUUUAUAUACAGUGCCAAAAAGACAUUGUGUGAUCAUUCAAUUAUUUAUUUCUUAAACUGAGAAAUGACAAACAUUCAAAUGAUUGCUGUAAACAAACUGUACAUUUUAUACAUUUUAUAAUAAUAACAAAGUAGGUUGUUUUUUCUGCAUUAUUGCAGAAUAAAUGAGUUCAGACCCUCCUCCAGAGAUCAAUCCAAAAAGGAAAAGAAAACAACAACAACAAAAUAUGGAAAAAUGCAAACACUUUUCUUUUCCACUUUUACAACAAACACUGCAAAAUGAUAUAUUCCUUUCUACAAUUCAGUCUAAAAUAGAUUGAAAGAUGUAGAUCAGAGAGAAAAAAACAUGAAGAGGAGGGAGAGGGCAUUUCAUUUGCAGCGUCUGAAACUUAUAUAUUUCGACUGAAAAAAACAACAAAAAAAACAGCAUGUGUAAGCUUGAUCUGAUUGUACUGUGAGCGUCUUAGCACCAGUGUGAGUCAUAUUCUUUGUACAUGAUGAGAUCUUGGCCAAUAAAUGUGAUUCUGAGCCUUUCAAAG